AUGACAUCUUCAAAAGACAAAGAUUCACCACCACCACAUAACAGUAUAAAACAAUCAAAAUUAUCUAUAAAUACAAAUAUAAAUUCAAAUGAUGCAGCAAGUACUUCAAAUAAUCAAUAUAAACCUAAUCACAAAGCUAAAUCAUCAAGUAUAUCAAUAUCAACAAAUCCAAAUCAAUCAUUACCAUAUCAAUCAAAUCAACAUAAUAAAUGUAAUAUGAAUUUAGGUGAUUCAUCUACAUCAUCUACAUCAUCUACAUCAUCUUCAUCAUCAAAUACAGUUGUACCUACACCAAUAAAAUCAUCCAUAAAUUCUCCAAUUUCAUCAACACAUACACCAAUAAAUUCAAUAUUUACAUCAAAUUUAAAAGAACAACGACAACCACCACAAGAGGAAAUAGAUCAAGAACAACAAGAUUAUGAUGAUAAUGAAAGUAUAAUAUCAUCACAUUUAAAAUCUCAAAAUCACAACAACCUUUACAAGUUAACAAUUAUAAAAUCAACUUUAUAUAUCAUUGGAUGGUAUUUUUUUUCAUUAAGUAUAUCAUUAUAUAAUAAAUGGAUGUUUGGAUCAGUUGGAUUAAAUUUUAAAUUCCCCAUAUUAAUAACAAGUUUUCAUCAAUUUUGUUUAUUCUUGUUAAGUUUUGCGAUAUUAUUUUUAAAACCUGGGUUAAGACCAAAACAAAUAAAUUAUAAGGGAAAUCAUAUGGGAAAAUUUUUAAUUAAUAUGUUUGGUGGAUCGGAUUUCAAGAGUGUGGUUUUCAAAAAUAUAUUACCUUGUUCUAUAACAUCUGCAGGAGAUAUUGGAUUAAGUAAUUUUGCAAUAAGUUUAAUUUCUUUAAGUUUAUAUACAAUGUUAAAAACAAGUUCUUUAAUAUUUGUUUUAAUAUUUGGUUUAAUUUUUAAAUUAGAAAAAUUUAAUUGGAGAUUAAUUAUUAUUGUUUUUAUUAUGUGUUGUUCUGUAAUUAUGAUGGUUAAUAAACCAGAGGAUAUAGAAGAUGAUGAUUCAGUCGAGGAUAUUGAAUCAAAAAAUUCAAAAUUUGGAAUUAUAUUAGUUAUAUUUGCAUCAAUGUUAUCAGGAUUAAGAUGGUCAUUUACUCAAAUUUUGUUAAAAAAAAAUCCAUAUACUUCAAAUUCAAUAAGUACAAUAUUUUAUAUAUCCCCCUUGAUGUCAUUAAUUUUAUUUAUUUUAGGUUUAGUGAUUGAAGGUUGGUAUCCAUUUAUAAAUUCAAAUAUAUGGGAAAAAUUUGGAAUCUUUAAAACAAUAGUGUUAUUAAUAAUUCCUGGAAUAUUAGCAUUUUUUAUGACAUUAUGUGAAUUUAAAUUAUUAAAAAUUGCUCAAAUUAUAACUUUAUCAAUUGCUGGAAUAUUUAAAGAAUUGUUAACUAUUGUACUUAGUUUUUUAAUUUUCAAUGAUAAAUUAAAUUUUAUAAAUAUUUUGGGGCUCGUUAUAACAUUUAGUGAUAUUUUAUGGUAUAAUUAUUAUAGAUUUAUUCAAAAUGAAAAUGAAAAUCAUCAUCAUAAUUUUCAAAAUCUCGAUAAUCAAUUAUUUGAAAAAAAUGAUCAAGAUAUAGAGAAUAAUAAUGAAUUUAAUGAUGGAAUAGAAUAUGUUAAAUUAAAAGAUUUAGAAAUUAAUGAAUUUAAUAGAACUUAA